AUGAUUGUACAUUUAAAGAAUUCAUUUUAUUGUAAAGCAAUAAAUAAUCAAAGAAAUAAUUAUUUUUUUAAAAUUAUGAGAUUUAAUUUUUGUCUUAAAAAAAGUAUUAAUUAUAAAAAUAAUGUAAUAAAUGAAAUAUGGAAAAAAAAUAUUUCAUUUGAAAAAAUUAGAAAAAGAGCACUAAAUAAUUAUAAUUCUUUUCAUUAUCAUACAUCUGCGAGUAAAAAAAAAAAUGGUUCAUUGUUUGAUAUUAAUAUAAGAAAGUUUUCUACAUCUGGUUUUUCGGAAAAAAAUUAUGAAGAAAAAAAAUUUGAUGAAAAAUAUGUAAAUGAGGAAAUGAAAAUAUUAAAAGAAAAAAUGAAAAAAGAAAGAUUAAAAUAUAAGAAAGUUAUAUUUUUUAUUUUUACUAGUAUAUUGGGUGUAUAUGCAUAUUUUGAAUCUUAUAAUCCGGAAUUUUUUUUAUAUGAUUUAUUUUUAAAAUUUUGUUUAAAAUAUGUAGAUAGUGAAUUAUGCCAUGAUAUAUUUUUAUUAUUAGGAAAAUAUAAUUUAUUACCGUAUGAUACAACUAAUGAUAGUGUAUAUGCUUGUUCAGAAAUAAAAAAUCUAAAAUUUAUUAAUCCAUUUGGUGUUGCAGCAGGAUUUGAUAAAAACGGUGUUUGUAUUGAUUCCAUUUUGAAAUUAGGUUUUUCAUUUAUAGAAAUAGGAACAAUAACUCCAAGAGAACAAAAGGGUAAUGAGAAACCUAGAAUUUUUAGAGAUAACGAAUCAAAAAGUGUUAUAAAUUCAUGUGGUUUUAAUAAUAUAGGAUGUGAUAAAGUCACAGAAAAUUUAAUAAAAUUUCGUAAAAAACAAGAAAAUGAUAAAUUAUUAAGUAAACAUAUUGUUGGUGUAAGUAUAGGAAAAAAUAAAGAUACUAUUAAUAUUAUUGAUGAUUUAAAUUAUUGCAUAAAAAAAAUUGCUAGAUAUUCUGAUUACAUUGCUAUAAAUGUUAGUUCUCCCAAUACUCCAGGAUUAAGAGAUAAUCAAGAAUCAGAGAAAUUAAAAAAUAUAAUAUUAAACGUAAAAAAAGAAAUAAAUAAAUUAGAAGAAAAAAGUAACAAUAAUAAUAAUAUGAAUAAUUACUGGAUAAAUACCACAAAAGAAAAGCCACUAGUUUUUGUUAAAUUAGCACCAGAUUUAGAACAAAAUGAAAAAAAAAAAAUAGCUCAAGUAUUGUUAGAAACCGAAAUAGAUGGAAUGAUUAUUUCUAACACUACAACGAAAAAUUCUAAUAUAAAAAGUUUUGAAAAUAAAAAAGGAGGGGUUAGUGGAGAAAAAUUAAAAGAUAUAUCAACAAAUUUUAUAUCUGAAAUGUAUAAUUAUACAAAUCAAAAAAUUCCAAUUAUUGCAUCUGGAGGUAUAUUUAACGGAAAAGAUGCCUUAGAAAAAAUUGAAGCAGGAGCAUCUAUUUGUCAGUUAUAUUCAUGCUUGAUUUUUAAUGGAAUGAAGUCUGCUAUUAAAAUAAAGAGAGAAUUUAAUAAUUUACUUUAUCAAAAAGGGUAUUACAAUUUAAAAGAGGCUAUUGGUAAGAAGCAUAGAAAUAAGAAAAUGAAUAAAUGA